UGGGAUUGAUUUGGUGAUAUGAAAUCAAAACAAACGCUCUAGUUGAUGAAAAUGGCUGGUAGCUGGAGCUUUUCAAACUUUACAUCAUCAAAAAAAAUAAUGUUAUGUUUGUGAAAUGGGUGGAAAUGAUUUUUGUGCAGUAUAUGGUUGUUCUAACUGUAGAAGCAACAAAGAUAAGCCCAUCGUGAAAGAUCAUGUGGGUAUCCUGAGAUGGCAUAGUCCCAAAACGAAAGCUGACAUGCAACUUUGGGGAAAGAUGAUUCAAAGAGGAGGAAACUUCAAAAUAUCUAUGAGUACAAAGGUGUGCUCCAAUCACUUCACUGCAGGAUAUUGUUCAGAUGUGUGUCGAAUACCGACUUUAUAUAUGAAGGGAUACGAUCAGCAACUACCCAAAGAACGCCAAGGAGCAGUUAAACGAAGCAGUUCUAUUGACUUUGAAACUCCUGUGAAAAAAAGAUCACGACAUGUCACUCGAAAAUCAACCGAUGAACCUCAAAAUGAUAUCCUUCUUUCACCGACUCCGAAGGAUCAUGAUUAUGAGAUAAGCGAGGUAGAUAUGACUUCUCCACAUUCUAGAACUGUAGCUUUUGUCCAAUGUAGAGGAUGUAAAAACACAAGAAAAAAAUUGGUGAAAACUGUUGAGCAAGACAUAAUUCAGAAAAGUAUUAUAAAUGAUCUUCAAUAUGAAAUAACAUUAUUGAAAUCAGAGUUGAAAAGCCGAAGUACCUUUGCAGUGUCGGAUGUUAAAGAAAAUGACGAUUUGUUUAAAUUUUAUACCGGUCUACCAAACUAUACUGUUUUCAAAUGGCUCUACGAUAAAAUUCAAUUCAAAGCAAAAAAUCUCCAAUAUUAUCGAGGAGUUGGGUCAUUUCAACCAAAGCGACAUCAGGUUUUGAAAAAAAAGAAAAGUGGCAAAUCAAGACAAAUGACCAUUGAAAAUGAACUUUUUAUGACUUUGGUCCGCAUUAGACUGGGGUUAACUGAAAAGGAUUUGGCUUUUCGGUUCAGUAUAUCACAGGCGGCUACAUCACAGAUAUUGGCAACUUGGAUUUCUUUUCUUGGUAAAGAACUCACUGGUUUAAUAAUAUGGCCAUCUCGUGAUGAUGUUUUGCGAUACUAUCCUAAAUGUUUUCAAUCGUUUUCCAACAUAGUUGGAAUUAUAGACUGCACUGAGGGCAUAAUUGAAAAACCAUCUAUUGCUAAAGCUCAAAGCCAAACGUACUCAUCUUACAAAUCGCGCAAUACUUGGAAAAAACUGCUUUGCAUCACUCCUGCCGGUACUAUAUCAUACAUAUCAAAGUCAUAUGGAGGCUCUGCAUCUGAUAGAUUUAUAGUUGAAACCAGUGGUAUGUUAGACAAACUCGAUUAUGGUGAUAAUAUUAUGGCAGACAAAGGUUUUAAUAUCGGUGAUCUCCUGAUUAGCAGAGGGUCAAAAUUAAUAAUCCCACCUUUUUUGAGAGACAAAGGGAAGUUUUCGAAAAGAAAUUGUAGUAAGACAUCACAAAUCGCGAAGGCUCGUAUUCAUGUUGAAAGAGCUAUUGCGAGAAUCAAAGAUUUCCGUAUCAUUCAAGGAGCUUUACCUUUGACUUUGAAGGACCAACUUGACAAUAUAUUUGUUAUUUGCUCAGCAAUAACGAAUUUAGGACCUGCACUUGUACCUUUAUGAUAUUAUGCGAAUUAUUAUAAAUCAAUA